AAGUAAAGCUGGAGUUGUAAGUAUGAAAUGAAAUAUUUCAGUUUUUUUUCUUUUUGUUAUUUUAAUUUUAUUUGAAGGAAGCUUUUCGUCGAGUAGAUUUUGAUUAUGUUGUUGGUGUAGCUCGUCUUGCUAAACAAGAAGGAUGUAAACAUUUUCAUCUUGUAUCAAGUCAAGGUGCAAAUGAAAAUUCAUUUUUUCUUUAUCCUCAAGUGAAAGUAUGUUUAUGA